AUGGGAGCUACAACGAUUGUACCUAAAAUAGUCGGUGAAAGUAAUUUUCCUUGUGAUAGGUUCUCUCGGAGGUACCAGCCGACAAGAACGUCACAGCCAAGGAGAAUGAAAGAAAGUAGUGUUACAUUCGAGCCGAGAAAAUCGGUUACCUCGCUCGACUUCACUUGGCCCCCAAAAGGUUUUUCGAUAUGUCCUAUUCGGUCGAGAAGAAAGUCUCAAUGGAGAUCGGGAUGGAUGGAAUACCAGCAACGCCUUCAGAAAAACGAUAAAUAUAGGUCAAGAUCUGUUUGCAUUUUCCCGAGUCCCAUGAAAAGAAAUAUCUAUCACAACCGAUUACACCUGUCGCAUGAUUCUGCAUAG